GACACGUCGAUCUCCCUUUACCACAUGGCCAAUCAACUGCAAAAGUCGCCAGAUCCCAAACGAUCGUUUUUGUUAAGCAACCUCGGUGACGCUCUUGUGUUACUAUUCUUCCACGCGGAUGAGCUAUUGAGCUUGGAAGAAGCUGUCUCGUCGUACCAGGAGUCGUUGGGACUCUUGCCUCCUUCCCAUCCCGAUAGACAGCGGGUCCUCGGCAACUUAGCCAAUAUACUUUUGAUGAGAUCGCAUCACGUCCAAAGCGACGUGGAUCUCCAAGACGCUAUAUCAUUCCAAGAAGAGAUUCUCAAACUUCUACCCAUGCCACACCCUCAACGCUCAAAUGCGCUCACUAACCUCGCAGCCGCACUUUCUAUCCGAUACCACAGAAGGGGCGUAGCGGAUGACCUUGAUGAAGCCAUCGCUCUCCGCCAGGAGGUUCUUACCUUUUUUCCUCCUCCACAUCCUACUAGAUCUGCAUCGCUCAAGAAUCUCAUCGAUUCGCUAUCGACUCGAUUCGGACGCAAAGGUCAAGCCGAGGAUCUUGAACAAUUGAUAUCUCUUCUCCGAGAUUCUCUGAUGAUAUCACCUGCUUCACAUCCUGAUCGGUCUGACUCACUGUUCAUCCUCGCACGCUUCCUUGUUUCUCGCUUCCAGCGGCAUGGCCAGGGAGAUGACCUCAAUGAAGCCAUUGCUCUGCAUCGAGACGCCCUACACUUACGCCCUGCCCCAAAUCCCAAUCAUUCUACCUCACUGGAGAAUCUUACCAGUGCUCUCAUGAUGCGAUUCGACCUCAUUGGUUUGAGCGAGGACCUCGAUGAAGCUAUUUCGCUUUAUCAGCAAAUCCUCGCUCUACACCCUGCCUUAUAUUCUGGCCGGUCCACUUUGACAAGUAGUCUCGCAAGCGCUCUAUCAACAAGAUAUGAGCAUAAGGGCUCGAUGGACGAUCUCGAGAAUUCAAUUCUACUUUACCGAGAGGCUGUCGCGCUGCGUCCUAUUCCUCAUAUCAACCGGUCGAACUCACUCAACAAUCUAGCGAACGCACUUCAGUGGCGUUUCGACCAGAAGGGUACGAUACCUGACUUUGAGGAGGCCAUCAUGCUUCAUAGAGAAGCCCUCGCUCUUCGCCCCGUCCCACAUGCUGAUCGCCCAGUGUCACUAAACAACCUUGGUUCAGUCCUAUUCUCGCGAUUCCGACAAAUGGGCUUUGCCAGCGAUCUUGAUGAGGCGAUUGAGCUCCAUCGUGAAGCCCUCACACUGUUCUCUGCAUCCCAUCCUGAGCGCCCCACUGGAUUCAACAAUUUAGCCAUUGCACUGUCUAUGCGAUUUGAUCAAAAAGGUUCAGUUGAUGACCUUGAUGAGUCAAUCUCCCUUCUUCGAACGGCGCUCAAUCAGUCACCCACCCAACUUCCGCAGCGCUCGAGCUUUGUCAAUAAUCUGGCAAAUGCACUUUCCAAGCGGUUCAGGCGAGUAGGCCUUGUCGAUGAUAUCUCAGAAGCAAUCUCGCUGCACCGGCAAACCCUCGAGAUGCGCCCCGCCCUUCAUCCCAAACGACCAGUGUCCUUGAACAAUCUCGCAGAUGCCCUUUUUACUCGGUUCAAGCAAACCCGUCACGCGGAUGACCUCAAUGAAGCGAUUACGUGUCACCGGAACACCCUAGAGCUGUUGCCCGCCCAACACCCUCUACGCCCGGAUUCGCUCAACAACUUGGCAAAUGCACUCAUAGCGCGGUUUGAGUGCAAAUUCAAGAUGGAUGACCUUGACGAGGCAAUCCUUCAUCACCAAGCAGCUCUUCGCCUGCUACCUGCGCAACAUUACCAACACUCUGAUGUACUAAACAACUUAGCAGGCACUCUGUUCACCCGAUUUGAGCACAGUGGACGAAUAGGGGAUCUUGAUGAGGCAAUCACCUUGCAGCGAGAUGCCAUAACAUCUUUGCCUCCAUUUCACCCCAGUCAAUGUGGAUAUUUGGCCAUGCUCGCAUCCUACCUUUUCGCACGAUCUAGUUUGGAUAAUGGACAGUCUGACGACUUGGACGCGGCGAUGGACGCCUAUCGCACUGCGGCAAACAGUGAGCCUGCCCCUGUGUUGGAUCGUUUCCGAGCCGCACGGAUGUGGGCGAGUUAUGCAGAUGUCAAUGGUCACGCAUCUGCCUUGGAAGCGUAUAGAACUGCCGUUGGACACUUGCCGCAUGUUGCGAUGUUGGCCUCAGACAUGCACUCGCGUAGGGAGAUCCUCGCCGAGCAGCUGCGGGGUGAUACUCUCUCGAGCGAUGCUGCCGCUUGCGCUAUUCGAGCUGGUUGUUACGAAGAGGCAGUCGAAUUGCUAGAAGAAGGGAGGUCCAUUCUUUGGUCACAGGCACUGCAACUGCGAACUCCUUUUGACGAACUUCGAUCAGUCAAUUCUCCACUGGCCCAAAGACUCUUAGAUAUUUCAAGCGCCCUAGAGCAAGGGUCACUUCGCAAUGCCCGGAAAGGCGUGUCUGACGACGUGCAGAUGAUGAUAUCUACAGAGGCUGAGGCAGCGCAGUAUCGCCACCUCAGUGAGGAGUGGUUAGCAGUACUCAGGGAAGUUCGAAAUUUGCAAGGAUUUGAAGGAUUUUUACUUCCAAGGAAAUUGAAUGCUCUGCAGAAGGCUGCUGCUCAUGGCCCCGUUGUCUUGCUGAACGCCACCAGGACCGCAUGCCAUGCUUUGAUCGUCACAAUGGACGGCGUGAAGCAGCUACCACUUCCCUCUUUUUCGUCUUCUGAUGUAAUAGCCCUCGUUGACUCCAUACGCGGUGCCGUGUCGAACACGCUUGCCUCCCUCCCUCCUGAAACUACAGUCACUCUUCAAGCCCUUGUUAAGAAAGCACAAACGUUUCGUGACGAUGCAGGUCCUCUUUUCCCACAGGAAAGGCACCUUGGACGACAGAAAGUGCACACGGUUGUUCGUGAUCCAGAUCAUGUUUUCCGUGACGUACUCGCAACACUCUGGACAUUCAUAGUCAAGCCCGUGAUAUGUUCUCUGAAACUUGAGAGAUCUGAGUCGCCUUCACGUCUGUGGUGGUGUCCAGCAGGGCUAUUUUCUUUUCUUCCUGUUCAUGCAGCCGGUAUAUAUGAUUUUAGCCUAGGCGACCUCGAGGAUAUCUCGAACUUUGCAAUUUCGUCUUAUACGCCCACGCUCACCAGUCUCCUUGUUCCGCCACCAACACCCAGCCCAGGUUUAUUCAAGAUGUUAGUGGCAAUCCAGCCCGAAACCAAUGGCCACCUAUCACUUCCGAGCACUCGCGAGGAAUUGCGCAAAAUUGAGGGGCAUGUUCCAGUCUCUUCCCUCGUCAAGUUAGGCAUUCAAGGCGCGCCCUCGUCCGUGGACGCCGUGCUAAAUCAUCUCUCUGACGUAUACAUCGCCCACUUUGCUUGCCAUGGGCGGCAGGAUCUAACUUAUCCGCUAGAGAGUGCGCUUCUCCUUUGCGAUGGUCCACUGAAGGUUUCUCGAAUUAUGUCUCAGCCCAUGCCGAGUGCGUCCUUGGCUUUUCUCAGUGCUUGCCAGACUGCGAUGGGGGACGACAAGCUCCCUGACGAAGUUAUUCACCUGGCGGCUACGUUGCUGUUCUCUGGGUUCCGUGGAGUCGUCGCAACCAUGUGGUCAUACAGGUCGAUUCAUGACCAGGAUGGGCCAAAGAUUGCUGAUGAGUUCUAUGGUCACCUUUUCCGGGAUUAUAUAUCCGGCUCUUACCCGAACACUAUGCAUGCAGCACAAGCACUCCACGUUGCCGUCGCCAAGCUUCGUACUGAGCUAGGGAACAAGUCUUUUUCCCGCUGGGUGCCCUUUAUCCAUCUUGGCCUGUAA